GCCAUCCUUUUCCAUCAGUAAUAAAACCCAAGGUGAAUCUGAAAACUGUUUUGAAGAAUUUAAAGAUUUUUCAGAUUCUUCACCUAUAUUUGAUGAAACUGUUGAAGAACCAAUUGAAAGUUUGAUGUCUUGUGAAGAAAGUUGUGAUCUUCCUUAUCUUGAAUCUGAGUUUAUAAAUGAUAAUGAACAGGCUAAUGUAGAACUAACUGUUUUGCAACCGGAGAAUCCGAGUAGCCUUGUCUUGUCUCAACAGGUUUUUGAGGAAGAGCCACUGGAUAUUCCACAUCAGUGCCCAUGUCUUGACACUUGGAUAUCUUUGGAUGAAGUCCCAUAACCUAUCUUUGAUGUGGAGGACGAACCUGAUCCAGUCUUUGAUGAAGAAGCAACUAGCAUCAUAUCCACCUUUAUGGAGAGCCAUCUUUGCUUUGAUUCCGGCACAACCACUGCUCCUUCAUCUCCUGCCCCUUUGUUUCCUGAGCUUUAAGAGCACUGUGAGAAAUCUGAAUUAGUUAUUUCUCUGCCUGACAUGUUUGAUAAGAUCAGUUCUCUUGAUGUGAUUCGUUUUGGUCUUGAUAAGAUAAAAGAAAAUUGUUUUUCAAAAUCUGUUUUGGAAACAUGAUUAAUUCUUUUAAAAUCUUUGAACCUGAUAAAUUUCUUGAUCAACAACGUUUUCAAAAUGACCUUGGCAUCAGUUCUGAAAUUAUUUUGAGCUUUGAUCAGUCCCUGGAACAAAGCAAAGUUUUGAUCAUUUUGAAAAGUAUCUUGAGCUUGAUUUGAAACAAACUGAUUUUUGUGCUACAAAAUCUUUUGAUUCGUUUGUUUUCAAAGAAAAUAGCUUUGAUCUGAACUCUUCUAGGCAUAGACUGAUCACUGAUGAUUUGUUUGCAUCUUCUCUGGACUUGGACGAUUUCUUAAUUAAAAAGAUGCUGGAACAGAAUUCACUUGAAACUUAAACUGGUUUUUGUGAACUUGAUUUAUGUGGUUCUGUUUUGCAGCCUGAUCUCUUGAGUUUUGAAAAUGAUAAAACUUGGAUUUUUGAGAUCAUCUUGUGAGAAUUUUGUUGAUUUGAGUGUUGAUGAUAUAUUGGUCUACAACACAUUCUUUGAAAAAUGUCUUGAGUCUUUGAUAGUUGUUUCUCAAUCUGAACUUAAGCUUGUGUGUUCAGAUGUUGAUAAUGAUAUGAACGUUUUGGAAACGAUUAAUGUUGUUGCAUAUCUUGAUAAGAUUCUUGUCUGUAAUGUCUACUUCGAUUUGCAUCUUGACAGGCUGAAAAGUGUGCUACUUGUUCUUGGAAAUGAUAUCUUAAUUUUUGAUUUGAACAAGUAUCUCUCUUGCAUAUUUGAUCCUGGUCUUUCAGUGUUUGUUUUGAGUAUCCAGGAAAGACAGGUUCAGCCCCUGAAUGAAAGCACUGGCCGUGCCCAACAACCUCAGAUUUGGAGAAGCUUUGUUGUUCAAACCGGCAACCUUGGUGCCAGCGACAGAGGUUCAGUCCAAGAGGGAUAUCUCAACAGUCUGAAAGUCUUUUGUCUUGAAUCUAAUUUUACUCGAAAGCCAACUUAUCAAGGAUUCACUGAGGCUUGGAAUCGCAUGAAAAGCUUCACGUAUGAAGAAGUUAUGAAUUUUCCAAACCAGAGGUUCUUCAGUCCGUCUAUCCGCGAGUACCAGAUUUCUAAAGGAUAUUCAUACCCCAUAAAGAAGCGGCCUGAGCCAAAACCGAUCAUAGGGUUCCAGAUGGAUCUCCCAGCUUCUCAGAAAGACCGAAAUCAGAAGGAAUGGCCAUGGGAUCUUGAAGUUAUGAUCCAUCCACCAAAACCGGCCAGACCAAAGACAGCACUGCCUCCUUCAUUCAGCCAACAAACCAGAGAAAACCCAACAAAAGAGGCAGCAAAGUGUUCACCACAUGAAAAACAAUUGGAGCUGAUGAUCCUCCAUGACCAAAUGUGUUUCCUCAGUCAACUUCCUGUCCAAAACAAAAGCACUCUAAGGAUCAUGAGUUGA